CCCCUCGGAGGGGCGCAUAGUCGUGUCGUCUUUGCCAAGUCGGUUUGAAAAGAGCAGACAAAGACUGAAGCAGGACGUCUUCUACUCGCUCUUCCCCGCCAUGGAACUUCUUCCGGCCGCUACGGGACGCCGCACUUUCUGCCUCUGAAAUGCACGACCGCCUGGAUCCGCCCUGGCCGAGAAAAGACGCCUUUUUACGGCGACAAUACAAGAAGGAAACGUCGUGUGAGUGAGAGAGGAAGAGAGAGAGAGAGAGAGAGAGGGGAAGAAUUGACGCCGUUUCCUCUCCUCCUCCUUCUUCUUCCUCUUCUUCUUCUUCCUCUUUCUCGGCGGAGGAUAAACGCUUUUUUAUGUGUCUAUUUGCUUUCUUUUUUUCAACGUGACUGCGACUGAAGAGAGUUUUGUGAUUGCCGACCUUCCUGGCGAGCCACGAAGAGAAAACAAAAGUCUUGUUGCUACUUUUUGCAUCAUUGAGAUUGUUUUCUUGGCCGUGGGGGUGUGGAGUAAUCAUUCUUAUAUGCCUGGGUUUUGAAAAACAAUGGAGACGCACAUUUCGUGCCUCUUCCCGGAAAUUUUGGCAAUGAUUUUCAGCUACCUGGACGUGAGGGACAAAGGCAGGGUGGCCCAAGUGUGCCUGGCUUGGAGGGACGCGUCCUACCACAAGUCGGUGUGGAGAGGCGUGGAGGCCAAGCUGCACCUCCGCCGGGCCAAUCCCUCCUUGUUCCCCAGCCUGCAGGCCAGAGGCAUCCGGAGGGUCCAGAUCUUGUCGCUGCGCCGCAGCCUGAGCUACGUGAUCCAGGGAAUGCCCAACAUCGAGUCCCUCAACCUCUCGGGCUGCUACAACCUGACCGACAACGGGCUGGGCCACGCAUUUGUGCAGGAGAUCCCGUCUCUGAGGGUGUUGAACCUGAGCCUCUGCAAGCAGAUCACCGACUCCAGCCUGGGCCGGAUCGCCCAGUACCUAAAGAACCUGGAGGUUCUGGAGCUGGGAGGCUGCAGCAACAUCACCAACACGGGGCUCCUGCUCAUCGCCUGGGGCCUCCACAGACUCAAGAGCCUCAACUUGAGGUCCUGCCGCCACGUCUCGGACGUAGGCAUCGGACACUUGGCCGGCAUGACCCGCAGCGCCGCCGAGGGCUGCCUGAGCCUGGAGUACCUGACCCUCCAGGACUGCCAGAAACUGACAGACCUGUCUCUAAAGCACAUCUCCAAGGGUCUGACCGAGCUGAGGGUCCUCAACCUGAGCUUCUGCGGCGGCAUCUCGGACGCCGGCAUGAUCCACCUCUCGCACAUGGCGUCCCUGUGGAGCCUCAACCUGCGCUCCUGCGACAACAUCAGCGACACGGGCGCCAUGCACCUGGCCAUGGGCACCCUGAGGCUCUCGGGCCUGGACGUGUCCUUCUGCGACAAGAUCGGCGACCAGACGCUGGCGUACAUCGCCCAGGGGCUGUACCGGCUCAAGUCGCUGUCGCUGUGUUCGUGCCACAUCUCGGACGACGGCAUCAACCGCAUGGUGCGGCAGAUGCACGAGCUACGGACGCUCAACAUCGGACAGUGCGUGCGCAUCACCGACAAGGGGCUGGAGCUCAUCGCCGACCACCUGACCCAGCUGGCGGGCAUCGACCUGUACGGAUGUACCAAGAUCACCAAGAGGGGGCUGGAGAGGAUCACGCAGCUGCCCUGCCUUAAAGUGCUCAACCUGGGACUCUGGCAGAUGACGGACAGUGAGAAAGUCAGGUGAUGGGCUUGCAGGAAGUGGGGUGGGGGGUGGGGGUCCACCUGCAUCCCACAGCACUGUGUGAUUGUGUGCUUCUCCCACGUGUUUGUCCAUGAACUCGGUAACUUUGGAGCUUUCAUUCGCAGCCUGAAAAUAACAACAACAAAAGUGCAAAGGAGGAGGAGAAGCAGAAUGAGAGACUGGGAGAAAAUGUGCCUACAGGGACAGUCUGCGUGCGUGUGUGUGUGUCUGUGUGUGCGUGUGUGUCCCUCCCCCAUCCUUUCCUCCAUGAGCAGAAGGGGACACAAUCUAAACUACCUUUUUGUUCAAAUUACACAAACAGCCUCACAUUCCCCCUAAACGCAUUAUGCAAACAAACUUUUAACACACACACACACACACA